UCGGUGGCAGACGUUGGGGUGGCUGCCGGUGGAUUUAAUAAUAACGAACCUUUAUGGAAAUCGGUCUUACUGUUUCUUCUGUUUACCUUGUAUGAGUGUAUAUGUAGUUAAUGUCCGGUACUUUGAUAUAAUAAAGUAAAAAUAUAGUCAGUAAAAUGUUAACUAACGUAUUUUACAAACAAGGAGAGAGAAGAUCCCAGCUAUCCGAGGCGACACAGCUGCAGCGUUUUUGUUGUGGAACUGUGCUAGGACUGUGAAUGAAAUGGAAAAAGCAGAAAAUGGAGCUUCACAGUCGGCUUUGUCUAUCGAUGUCAACGAAAACGAGGAGACAAGCAGGUCGUACUCUGCAUUAUCUGAUUGCAAAACAGACGCACCGUCUCGUCUGUUGAAAGCCAGCAAAAACCAAGCCUUCGCAGAGGAUAAUAGAAAGUCAGGUCAGACAGGGAAAGGAUACGUUUGUCUUGUGAACAGGAGGAAUGUAAACGUAGACGCGACUGUGUUACCAUCCCUGUGCGGUGGAGCCGGGGAUAGGAAGAUGCUAGAUUUUGUUACAGACUGUCUUCCCAGUGAGAUUAAAGAUAACUGUGUCAUUUCAGAGUUGUGUAGUGAUGCCAUACUAAACGGAUUUCCUGAGUCAUCGGGACAGCUAAUGGUUGAAUCAAAUGCUGGAGGAGGGGGAAUAGAGGGAACUCCAUCCUGCUCGGCCGGUGUGUCCACCGGUCAGCAAGAAAUGAACGGGAUGCUGCUGCUAGACGGAAUCUCACAGGGGGCUGGGGACACGGAUUGUUACUCCAAAUCUGAGCCAGAGGUGCGGCCCACCGCUGUUUCUUCAUUUGCGUGCGAUGGAAAACAUCAGCAGAACUGCACUUGCACGGCCUCGCCGCCCGCAACCGUAAAGCUGCCUAAUUGGGGGGGAGACUGUGUUCGACAAGGUGCUUACGAACCCGACUCUGUUCCACAAACUAAGGACCGACCCAUCGUUGUUUCUAGCUCACCAGAUGCUUCUGAAAAGGAGGCGAAAUCAACAAAUGGUGGGCUACUCAUUGUAAACACAGCCGUGGAAAACGUACAGACUCUUGCACCUAAUCCACAAAUCAAAAACGUCUCUUUGUCACCAGCCUGUUGUAAAGGUGCCAGUGAGGAAUCUGAGCCUGGUAAAAACACGCACACAACACUAGUGAACGAAGGGAAUGUGUCCGACAUUGUUUCUUCUGAACCCAGUGCCAGCAAUUUAUCGCCGAGCCCAUCGUACCACGAAGACAAAAGAGACGAUUUGGAAAAUGAUGUGCAGCAGGGUAAGGGCGCUCCCGCUAGGCCCCUAACUCUCAGGACGCACCCGAACAAUCCCGUCUCUCUGAGCUGUGACUCCACUCCACUGAGUCCGGAGGAUGGCGAGAUGUUCGGGGCCGACGGGCAACAUGACCUACGGUUCAUGGAUGUCAGCUUAAGUUCCAGAAACACAUUCGAGGCCAGUCGUCGACAAAGCGCCCCCGACAACAUCCCAGAUGGAGUGAAUGUAGAAUCUUCAGACCAGGGGCUUAAAUCCAAAAAGCACGGAAUCUCCGAUUUUUUCGGCAGGAGCUUGUUUUCCAGGAAGUCGAAGGAACAGAAGCCCUCGUCCCAGAGCGUGCCGGGCUGGAAGCUGUUUGGGAAAGUGCCGCUCCGAGAGAACCCGGCCAAAGAUUCCCGGACAAUCCAGCAGCAGGAGAGUAACCCAGGCAAUCUUACGUCCGUAUCCACACCCAACCUCUUAAGCGCAGGGGAGUACGAGGCGCGGACAGGGAAGGCCCCCAUCCCCCUGUCCAAGGCCCAGUCGGGGCGGCGCAAAAACCUGGAGUUCGAGCCGCUCUCCACCACGGCGCUCAUCCUGGAGAACCGCCCGUCGAACCUCCCGGCGAAGUCGGCAGAGGAGGCCCAGCGCCACCGCCAGGAGUACGAUGAGAUGGUGGCCGAGGCCAAGAAGAGAGAGAUGAAGGAGGCCCAGAGGAAGAAGAAGCAGAUGAAGGAGCGUUUCAAACAGGAGGAGAUCAUCGCCAACUCCAUGGUGAUCUGGAACACAGAGAUCCUCCCCAACUGGGAGAGCAUGCGGAACACCCGCAGGGUGAGGGAUCUGUGGUGGCAGGGCCUCCCGCCCAGCGUCAGGGGGAAGGUGUGGAGCCUGGCCAUCGGGAACGAGCUCAACAUCACGCACGAGCUGUACGAAAUAUUCCUAUCUCGGGCCAAGGAGCGGUGGAGAUGCCUGAGUGAGAGCAGCUCGGAGACCGAGGCGGAGGAUCCAGGGGCGUCACUGGCAGACAGAGAGUCCAGCCUGGAUCUGAUCAAGCUGGACAUAUCCCGCACUUUCCCCUCUCUCUUCAUAUUUCAGAAGGGCGGGCCCUACCAUGACCUCCUGCACAGCGUACUGGGAGCCUACACAUGCUACAGACCUGACGUGGGAUACGUGCAAGGGAUGUCUUUCAUCGCCGCCGUUCUGAUUCUGAACCUGGAGGAAGCGGACGCGUUUAUCGCUUUCGCCAACCUCCUCAACAAGCCUUGCCAGAUGGCCUUUUUCCGGGUGGAUCAUGACUUGAUGCUGAAGUACUUUGCUGCUUUUGAAGUGUUCUUUGAAGAAAAUCUCCCCAGACUGUUCAAUCACUUCCAGAGUUACAACCUCACCCCUGAUCUCUAUCUCAUUGACUGGAUCUUCACCCUGUACAGUAAGUCCCUUCCCCUGGACCUGGCGUGCCGCGUGUGGGACGUGUUCUGCCGGGACGGGGAGGAGUACCUGUUUCGCACGGGGCUGGGUAUCCUGCGUCUGUUCGAGGAGGUGCUGCUGCAGAUGGACUUCAUCCACAUCGCCCAGUUCCUCACCCGGCUGCCCGAGGACCUGGCCUGCGAGCGGCUCUUCAGCUGCAUCGCUGCCGUGCAGAUGGUCUGCAGCAACAAGAAGUGGGCGCAGGUAUUUGCUGCCUUGAUGAAGGACAACAAGGACAUGGACAAGAACAAUAGCCCAGCGCUAAAAAGCUAAUGACUUAGCCGUCAUACACCCAGGACAGCAUAACAACAGUUGUUUAGGCUCUUCCUCUAACAAUUCCAUGGAGAACAACCACAAUGGGGGAUUAGUAAUGGCAACCAUGAAAUUAUUUUCACUACAGAUUUGUGAAGCAAUACUUGAAGACUGAAGCCUAUUUCACCAUCGCCAGUAUUACUGAAGUGGGAGUUUCUGCGGGUUUACCGAACACGCGGAUGUUGGGAGCUGUGAAAAGAGUCUUAAGGAAAGACAGGGCAUAAUUAAGCCUAAAAGUGUCAGUAUCACCAGCCCAGAGUUUUGCUUUAACUUUUAAAAACACAUCUUACGCUGAUGAUGUACUCCUGUGGAUUUAUUUAAAAAUAAAUAAUAAAGUAACUUAUACAGGGAAAAAAGAUCCCUCCAAUAAAAUCGACAUACCAGCAGAUACGUACACUUUUGACGGACCAAUCCUAUAAGAGCAUUAAUCUUAUUUUAAAAUGUUUGAAUAUGUAUUGACAUUGCACCAAAAUUGUAUACCAAUGUUAUAUCCAAGGCUAUAAUACCAUGACAUGUAUGCUUAUUAACUUGCACUGCACUUGAGACCCAAACAAAGGGAUGUGUACUGUCCUCAUAAACACUAUUCAUGAUAACCGAAAUGAAAUGAAACCGCUUUUGAUGUUUUAUGAGUGUGCUAAUCGCCCGGCAGCAGGAGGUGCAGUCCCCUUUACAAUUAUAUAUGUGUUAACUUGAGAUAUGACUUUAAAAAAUGAAAGAAAGAAAACUAUUUGGAAGCUGAUUCUUUUUACUCCUUCAGAUUUAGUUUGCGCAAGUGGAAUUGUUCUACAGACUCAGAUGCUUAUGAAGUGCAAUAGAGAAGUCGGAGUGGCAUGUGGAAUUUUAGUCUUUAACUAUAUAAAACCCGGUCCUUGUUUUGCUUUUCUGAGUAGAAGUGACAGUAUGCUUUGGUGAGGUCUGCUACUAUGAACAUGUUACACGUACAGCUUUGACAGUGUAUUUAGAAAAAGGUUUUCAGCAUUCACGGUAUAAAUUAUUUUUCUGCUUAGUGUGUUGUAAAAGAUACAGUACUCAGUUACUUUUUUAAGAUUUCUUCAUCUUUAAGCAACAUAACACUCAUCUAGAGCCAUCUUUAUAUGCAGACACAUGGUUAGUGUAUUCGUCUUAUUUGUAUGUUGAAUCUGUGUUUUAUUUUACCGUACUUGACCACAUGCAUAUUCAUGUUGGAAUUUUGUCAAGUCUAUUUUCUCUUUUUAUGGAAAGUUGUAUUUAGCUUGGCAAUACUUCUCCCUUUGUAUCUUAAUUUUAAUUUAUACAUUGAAUCAUUUAGUCUGCAUUUUUCUAUUUCUACUCUUGCUCUCUAUUGUACAGUUUUCAUACUGACAACAGGUACUGUAUAAUAAAAUCAAUUGUAAAUAAGUGAAAUAUCUCAUUGAUAUAAGACCAAUAGUGACAAUUUCCAUGUGUAAAUAAAUCUCAGAAGCAGAAA